GCCUGAGGGGAUCCCCCUACACCCACUCCGUGUUCCUGGCAGGAGCCGGAGCCAGCCCUCGACCUGUCAGCCAUGGGGGAGAUGGAGCAGCUGCGGCAGGAAGCGGAGCAGCUCAAGAAGCAGAUCACAGAGGCCAGGAAAGCCUGUGCUGACAUUACUCUGGCAGAGCUGGUGUCUGGCCUAGAGGUCGCAGGACGAGUCCAGAUGCGGACACGGCGGACAUUACGAGGACACCUGGCCAAGAUCUAUGCCAUGCACUGGGCCACUGACUCCAAGCUGCUGGUAAGUGCCUCGCAAGAUGGGAAGCUGAUCGUGUGGGACACCUACACCACCAAUAAGGUUCAUGCCAUCCCGCUGCGCUCCUCCUGGGUCAUGACCUGUGCCUAUGCCCCGUCAGGGAAUUUUGUGGCAUGUGGGGGGCUGGACAACAUGUGCUCCAUCUACAGCCUCAAAUCCCGAGAGGGCAAUGUCAAGGUCAGCCGGGAGCUCUCUGCUCACACAGGUUAUCUCUCCUGCUGCCGCUUCCUGGACGACAACAACAUUGUGACCAGCUCCGGGGACACCACGUGUGCUCUGUGGGACAUCGAGACCGGGCAGCAGAAGACAGUGUUUGUGGGACACACGGGGGACUGCAUGAGUCUCGCUGUAUCUCCUGACUUCAAGCUCUUCAUUUCGGGGGCCUGUGAUGCCAGCGCCAAGCUCUGGGACGUGCGGGAGGGGACCUGCCGGCAGACUUUCACUGGCCAUGAGUCGGACAUCAACGCUAUCUGCUUCUUCCCCAAUGGAGAGGCCAUCUGCACGGGCUCGGACGAUGCCUCCUGCCGCCUGUUUGAUCUGCGGGCCGACCAGGAGCUGACCGCCUACUCCCAUGAGACCAUCAUCUGUGGCAUCACGUCCGUGGCCUUCUCCCUCAGCGGCCGCCUGCUCUUUGCAGGCUACGACGACUUCAACUGCAACGUCUGGGACUCCAUGAAAUGCGAGCGUGUGGGCACCCUCUCUGGCCACGACAACAGGGUCAGCUGCCUGGGGGUCACAGCUGAUGGGAUGGCUGUGGCCACUGGUUCCUGGGACAGCUUCCUCAAAAUCUGGAACUGAGGAGGCUGGAGGAGAGGAGGUCAAAAGGCCAUGAAGACACUCAGCUUCCCCUUCCCCGGCCCAAUUUCUUUACGGUUUUCUCUUCUAUACCCCACGCAACCCUGGGCAGCCAUUCCCACCAAGCUUUCUCCUUUGAGGGCAGUGGGGAAUAUGGGGAGUGUGCCUUUGGGAGGCAGAAUCAGGGACACAGGGGCAAAGAACUGCCCCCUCUCCUCCCAUGGCCUCCUCUCUCCAUGGUCCUGACAGCUUCUCCCUGAAUGAGCAAGGACAAUGGACCCCUCCCCAGCCCCUGGCAGGUCUAGCAGCCUUCUAGUCUGAGGCCCCAGGCCCUAGGAUUCCUCCCCCAGAGCCACUACCUUUGUCCAGACCUGGGUGGCACAGGGUGCUCAGCCCCAGGACUGUGGCUUUGGCACCACUUGGGUCCCCUUCUCUUUCAUGCUUUCUCCUUUUUCUCUCCUUUUUUUCUCUCCUAAAGCACUUGCAAUAAAGUGUAGCACCCUGGUAUGUCUGUGAUGUUUGGCUUCCACCCCACUUCUGUUCCAAAAAG